GUUCUUUUUAAAAGUGGAUGUGGAUGGUUUGAUUGUGAUGAUGUUCAAGACAAACUCCAUCUUUGAAUAGGACAAGCAAAGGUUCAAGGGCAUCUCUUUUCACUUGCUGACCAUAAUGGAUGGUGUAAAAAUGGAGGGAGAAGAACAGGGAACUCCACUCCGAACGCGAUCUGCAAGGUUAAAAGCUGCUAAUUCAUCUCCUAAUGCAAAGAUUGCUGCUAGUGGUAGUGGUGAUGAUGAGGCAACCCCAAUCAUCGAUGAAGUGGAUCAAAAGACGAGUGGUACUAGAAGAAUAUCAUCUCGUAGAUCCUUGACAAAUGGACUCGGUAUUUCAAACGUUGUCGAGGAAGCGAAAUCACCCACUCCAGACCAAUCGUCAAAGUCAGAAGUCGUACCCGGAAUAUACGAUUUAGAGAUGGAACCAGAAGAUACAGACAUGGAUGCAGAUGAAGAGGAAAGAGACGUGACCAUAAGACCGGAAGACAAAAAGAAGCUCAACAUUGUCAUUCGUGCAUUUGCUCCUGAUCUACUACGGUUACGUACCCAGCAACAAGCAGCCGCAUCUACCUCAAAUCUUGCCAACACACAACCCCAAGACGAUUCUAGAAAGAGAGGCGCAGAGAGAAGAGCAGCUCGAGCAUCGGAUGUCACUUUGGACGAUCUUUUAUCCCAGCCUAAACUGGGAAUCCGUCAAUUACGCGAUCAUCUCAUCAAAUUACGAGCUCCUUUGGUCACACCUACAGCUUUACGCGCUCAUCUAUCUGGUUCACACAUUCUUCCUUCUCGUGAUACAUUAGAGGAUGAUCGGACAAAGCUGAAUACAAUCUCAACCUGUUUAAGUCUAGUGGAAGAGCUAGCCAGAGGUACGGAACGACAGAUAACAGAAGAGACCACAAAUGUUGAUGGAGGCAGAACGGGAGAGUAUGCUCUGCAGAUGCGAUUACCAGGUGGUGAUUACUUUACCAAUGCGGUUUCAAUGUCAGCAAAGGAAGCUGCCGAAAUUGAUCCUGCCUAUGCACGUAUCGUGGACUUCAGUGCAACUCGCUUAGCUCCACGCUCUCAUACCGUGCCCACACUUGGUGAUCGUUUGUAUGAUGCUUUGCGGACUGAUAAAACGCAAGUUGCUCACCCAAUCCUAGGAAUGCCUGUUCGCUACAGGCGCGAAGAUGAAGAGGUGAUCAAACCAGUCUCUCACCUAUACUACGGAUCAUGGUCUUCUUUCGCUCCUACAUACGAUUCUUUUGAUGGUCAAAUGAGCCAUAAAGCCAGCAAUGCUCUCUGGCGAGCAAAACGAGAUGAAGCAGUAGAGAUGCGAAAGCUGGCAGCACGAAAACCGACUCUGUAUGGAGUUGAUGCUCGGGAACAAUUGGAGGAUAUGAUGGACGAAAUGGAAACAGAUUUAGACGCAGAUUUAAUUUUGGACGGAUAUGAUAAUUUGCCAGAUCUAGAUUGGAAGCAAUCUCAAGCGGACAAUAUUGAUGAGAUUUUGACCCGAAAUGCGACAUUAUUGGCAUGCUUGCUAGAUCUACAAGAACAACGCUGGCAUCAGUUGGUGGCUAAAAGUGUGGCCAAUUCAAGAGGGUAUGAAGAAGCACUAGCAAAGCCAGAUGCGAAUGAACAAGCAAUCGCACGAUCUUUGCUUUCUUCCCUUACCAGUCUUCUCUUAGUGCAGCCUAGAAUAAGUGAAUCGAACAACAAGGACGAAGGAGCAGAAGAUGAUGAUGUCAUUCCAUCUACGGGCAAAUUGCAAUCGUUAUCUUCAUCGGCUGCAAUCGACCCUGCUCUGAUGGGUGGAAAGGCAGAGCAAGGCAUCUGGGGAACGUUGGAUAAGACUACAUUUGGUCCAGAGGCAAUGCGCAGACAAGCACUUUCCCGUUCAAUGGUUUCAGCAAGGCCCGUUGCUGCUGUCCGUGAUAAUGAAACAUUACGAUUAUCCAAAGAAACAGAAGAUAAAGCAACAAGUCAAACAAUGUCAUUAGGAGCAACAGUUUUAGGUGCCAAUCGUGAUCGAGGUAAUGGAUUAUUGGAUCGAUUUGCAUCUUCUAGAGGGUAUGUACUUGAAGAUCAUCCACACGAUCGUAAGCCACCCGUCCCGCCUGCUCCGGCUGCUCGACCACCGCCACCUACCCCGCCCGUUGGAGCUCGACCACCGAUCCCAGGACCUCACCAAAACGCAGUCUCGGGACGACCACCAUUCCAAGCGCCACGUCAAGGAAUGCCACAAUUCCAUCCACAUCAAUCCAGAUCAGGCUAUCCGCCUGUUUCGAGCGGCCAUAUGCCUUUUGGCAGACCAUCUCCUUUAGCAUCAAAUGGCUCAAGCGUACGUCCCCCUUCGCAACAAGCAAUGACAACAGCAACAGGAUCACCGUCUUAUCGUUAAUGUAGUAGGAAAAAUAAGAAAAAUUCAAUGUAUACUAUCUCAGUCAAUGUCAUUUUUAGAAAAAAAGUGUCUGGCAAUUGAAAAUUAAAAGAAACACUAACGAACAAGAUAAAGCGUAUCUAAGAAUCUCGAAGCAAUCUCUCCAACAAGAGCUGGUCCGGCUGAACUUGAUCCCAAACCGUAUAAUUGUACCAUUGAGCCUGG